ACAUCUGUCAUAAGAGAAAGAGAUAAAGCAAAAGAGAUAUGGAGAGGAGCUUGAAGAAGACGAAGAACAACAACAACAACUCAACAAAGAACAAUACGAUGGUGAUGAAAGAUGAUGAAAUGUUUCAUGUGAUUCAUAAAGUUCCUUGUGGAGAUACUCCUUAUGUCAAAGCCAAACAUGCUCAGUUGAUAGAGAAGAACCCGGAGAUGGCAAUAGUGUGGUUUUGGAAAGCCAUUAAUACUGGAGACAGAGUAGACAGUGCUCUCAAGGACAUGGCUGUUGUAAUGAAACAACUUGACCGUUCUGAAGAAGCCAUUGAAGCUAUCAAAUCGUUUCGUCCUCGUUGUUCCAAGAACUCCCAAGAUUCUCUCGACAACGUCCUCAUCGACUUAUACAAGAAAUGUGGGAGAAUGGAUGAGCAAGUUGAGUUAUUGAAGAGGAAACUAAGGCAAAUCUAUCAAGGAGAGGCUUUCAAUGGUAAACCCACCAAGACGGCUCGCUCUCACGGCAAAAAGUUUCAAGUGACUGUUCAACAAGAAAUCUCAAGAUUACUGGGGAACUUGGGAUGGGCAUAUAUGCAACAAGCUAAGUACUUGUCAGCAGAAGCAGUAUACAGAAAAGCUAAGAUGAUAGAGCCAGACGCUAACAAAUCGUGCAACCUAGCUAUGUGCCUUAUCAAACAAGGCAGGUUUGACGAGGGAAGAGCUGUUCUUGACGAGGUUCUUGAGUUUAGGGUUUUGGGUGCAGAUGAUUGUAGAACAAGGCAAAGAGCUGAUGAGCUUCUGAGUGAACUAGAGGCUUCACUACCACGUAGACGAGAUGCUGAGAUGGAGGAUGUCUUGGGAAAUAUCUUAGACGAUGACUUUGUUCUUGGGCUUGAUGAUAUGACAUCCACUAGUUUUAGAUCUAAGAGACUCCCAAUCUUUGAACAGAUCUCGUCUUUUAGAAACCAAUUGGUUUGCUAGUUCAUUUAUUUUGUGUGUUCGUUUGUAUUAUAUAGCUUUGUUGCUUUAUAGUUUUGAAGGGUUGGUAAAUAUGUGUUAUGUUGUUCUCCAUAUGUAACUAUGUACAUACAACAAUAAAAAUGGGAACUAAUAAGUCAUUUAAAUCUU